AUGACUUCCCUUACCAGGUGGUACAUCGACACCCGGCACCUAACCUCAAGCACCGAGGAGCUGCCACUAGUCGAAACAUUGCAAGCAAACGACCAGACAGCCGUGGAAAAGUACCUCCGUGUCCCAGACAAACACAUGUCGCUGGCAUCCAAUCUACUCAAAUAUUUCUUCAUCCAUAGAACGUGCCGCAUCCCUUGGAGCGAGGUCAUUAUCAGCCGGACACCGAAGCCGCAUCAACGACCGUGCUUCAUUCCUUCAGCUGGGCAGGGGUCACUUCCGGCCGUGGAGUUCAACGUCAGCCAUCAAGCGUCUUUUGUUGCAUUGGGGGGGUGCAUAAUCCCGUCUGUCGAAGGCCAUAAUGAGCAAAAAGACGAGGAAAACGGGCAACGCGUCGCUGCAGUGUAUUCCGACCCCAAACCAUCCUCGGCCCCCGUCCCCGCCAUCCCGCAAGUAGGCAUCGACAUAACAUGCGUCGACGAGCCCGGCCGGCGUCGCGACAAAGCGCCCAAGACGCUCAAGGAAGUCGCCGACUUUAUCGACAUCUUCUCCGAGGUCUUCUCGCAACGAGAACUGCAGACCAUGAAACAAUACAGUUCGACGCUGCGGUCAUCAUCGCCCACGGCAACCAUUGAAACGGUCAUUAAGUCUACGCUGCGUCUAUUCUAUGCCUAUUGGGCGCUGAAAGAGGCUUAUAUAAAAAUGACCGGAGAGGCACUGCUUGCGCCGUGGUUACGAGAACUCGAGUUUACCGAUGUCGUCGCCCCGGCACCAGCUACUUCCACUCCCACUUCCACGGCGGCAUGGAGCGAGCCGUACACGGGUGUUCAAACGUGGCUGUAUGGGAAGAAGGUGGAGGAUGUGAGGAUUGAGCUGGUGGCCUUUGAGUCUGAUUAUCUCGUUGCGACGGCCGCCAGGGGCGCUAAUCUGGGGUCGAAUUCGAAUUCGGAUGGAAAUGACCCCUGGCUGGCCUUGGAGAGUAUUGAUAUUGAUCGGGAUGUGAGGCCGUGUGCGACGGGGGUUUGUCAAUGUAUACUGGAAUGA